CGCAUCAGCGUCUUCACCGCAGUGAAAGCUCCAUUUUCCUCGCCGUGAGCACUGACUCGCUGCUCAAAGUCCGCAAAAUUUGUUUAUGAGUGUGAGAUAUCCCGUUUCCCCGUGAAAAAUCUUUCGACGUUCACCAAUAAUAUUUACAUCGCCGCCCGUGGCCGCGACGACGGUGGGCGCUCUAGCCAGUGAACUCGACAAUAUUGAACAAGGGGCUCCUUCCAGUAGUUCCUCCGCCAUGGGGCCGCUGGACAAGCCAAAAAGCGCAUCCAACGAACAGAAAGAGGAACUAGUCAAAAUAUUCGAGGAGUACAAUCAACGACCUAAACAUGAAAGUUCCGAGACGGAUUACAAGGAGCGCCAGAGGUUUUGGAUAGAGGCUACACAUCGAUUGAACAACAUUCCCGGAGGAACGAUGAAAUCGACUGCUAAAUGGGUUAAAUACUGGGCUGAUGUGAUCAUUAAUCUAAAGCGGAAGUGCCGGUUGGUCGUUGAAGGUAGAUCGAAAAAGAUCGGUCCCAAUCCACUGGAGGUGCGAAUUCUAUCGGCAGCUAACAGUUACGAUAUUCUGGAUCAGUGGACCAAGUCCCUCGGAGCGGAAGGAAUGGUGACUAUCGAUGCAUCAAUGGUAAACGAUCACGAAGAAUACUUUCCGGACGAUAACGGAGUCCAGAAGGAAGAGAUCGUUAUUGAACAUUACUCCGAUGAUCCGCUGGAAGACGAAGAGUUCGUAGCCAGCUUUUCAAAACCCGUUGUCGUGAACGAACACAGCCAGGAGACGGUAACCACCGAACUGGAAAUUCGAAAACCGACCGCCGAAGAGCUCAAAAGCAUGGCCGUGCAUGCCGCAGUCACUACGACGGAGUAUGUGGAAAUGACCGCAUCGGCACUGGAGGGAACCAGCGAAUUUCUAAAGCCGAAAAUUAUUCGACCCAGCGACCAUGAACGGCUUCGGGAAGAUUUGAAACGAACAUCGGAGAAGUUGGAAUCCGUGAUGAAGAAGCGGCGGAUGGACGAUUCCAAGAUUGCCAUCGCCCAGGCGCUGACCAACAUGUCAGCCGCAAUGCUACAACUCUCGAAUGGACUCAACGAUCUGGCGAAUGCGCUCACGAAUGAUGCUUUUUAAUACGGGCGAGCGAUUUUUCUGUCGAUUAGUAGUAGUUCGAACGUAUCGAUGUGUUGUGAUACGUUUGCGAUUAUUCUAUUUUAUACUAGUUUUAGAUAACGAUCUAUUGUGUGGAAGACUACUUAUGUUGGAUAAAGCUAUAAGAUUAAUUGUA